AUGGCGGAGGUAAAUGCAGAGAAAGAUGAGUUAAUGCAGGAACAACACAUGAAUAUUGAUCAUUGGAUGGAUGAGCAGCCUGUCGAGGAAGUUGUAAUAGGACAGGAUGGCACCGAUGAAUAUGUCUUAGGAGAUCACGGUGAACAUAUGCUCGAUGAAAAUUUGGGAAUGGAAUAUGAUGACGGCUAUCCGUCGCUUCUUCCGAUCCGCGAUGGAAUUCCAGUUCUAUCGCUGAAUCUCCCGGAUUUAUUAAGCAAAACGAUAACAUUCACAACUGGAAUGAAGAUGACGCUCUGUUUUAACAAAAGAUGUCAGCGGCAGGUCACUUUCAACGGAUAUCUCUACACCAUUGAUGGCUAUGUUCACGAAACAUCUUGGAAUCUGUGGAAAUGUGUGAAUCCGAUGUGUCCGGGUGCUGUAAGAACCACUGGCAACUGGCAAGAGCUUCGUGUUCACAGCGAACAUGAUCCUCAAUGCCUUCCAGACAGUACUCAGAUUCGUCUACGAAUUUCAAUUUACGACCUUCGCCUGAUGGCAGAAUUCACCGAAUUGCCGCUAGAGGAAUUAUAUCAAGGAUGCGGAAAUCGAUUGAAAUCGGAAGAUCCCCAAGUUGCGGCGAUUUUUCCGAGCUUCGAAGCGAUAAAGCUGACAUUAGAAGAUCAUCGAUAUAAUAAAAUUUACCGAAAACGAUUCGAAAUGCAAACAUUGAAAGAUAAGCAAAAGAAGCUGCACAUGACGCCGGAUGAGGUUGUUUAUGCUGAAAGUACGGCUGGAAUGAUCAAAUUCCGACGCACGAAGCCGUUUCCACCGUCGAUUUGCUAUCUUUGCGGCGAGGCGAUGCAAAGCAAUUCUCUGCCGUCGCAAGACCAACUAAUCGGCCAUUUAUUGUUCAGCCACGGCAAACAGCUGAUAAUUGAGCGAUUCGUAUUCAAAGAAGUCAAUCUAUUCGAGCAAUAUAUGAGAGAGCUCAAUGUCUAUAGUCGCCAUCGUAUGAAACGAAUGGGCCUCGCCGAUGAGAACAUGUACUUCUUGUGCUCGUGCGAUGAUCGGCUCGGCAAAACGGGAAACGGUCGAGCGGGCAAAAAUCAGGACCAGAAUACGCAUUGUACCGCGUUUAUUCGCGUUUUUGACUGGAGGCUAAUCGUGAAACGAGAAACCGAGAAAGUCGUUGUGGAUUACUGUCUGGAGCAUCCAUGCCAUGACGCCUUAUAUGGAGCCGAAGAUUGCCUGGAAUUCUUCACGCCUGAAGCGUUUGUUCGAGAAUCCGAGGAUCGCAAACUUCGAACUCAGAAGUUUCUUGAUGAGACGAGUCUUCAACGAUUAAAAAGACCAAUUGAAUUACGAUCUGUGAAUCCGACGACGAGAUUGAAGUCGUCGUUCGGGUCGAGAUCCAUGGCUCCGCCCAUUGCUGCGCAGAUUGCUGGUGGCAACACACAGCCAUAUGUCGACUCGUUUUAUUCAAAUGAAGAUCCUAAUAUAGAAGCUAGGAAGAAGUACCGAACGUCGAUUCGAGAAAUCAUUGUGGGAAAUAAGAAAAAUGAGGAUUCUGAUGAUUCUUCUCAGCCGACUCCGUCUACUGUACGCAAUGAAUCGACUCCGCCAUUAAGCAUGAGCCCAACGAAGCAGCCACCUCCGCCAGCUCCGCAAUCGCGACUACCUUUGACGAAUACGGCCAAGGAUCGAGAACGAGUGACGAUUCGGACGAAUUUCAAAGAAAUCUACACGUUCAACGCGGUCACGAAAAUCGAAGACGCUUGUAUUCGAAUUGUGCAACGCCUUCAAAAUUGCCGAUCAAAUCGGGUUGCACUUGGCUACAAGGACAAAAUCAAAAGCAUAUUGAACAAGGCUCUAUCGGAUCCGGCGUUGGCCGACGAUGCGCCGAUCGGUGAUCAUGAGAACUCGUGGGUUCUGGCGAAGAAUGUCCGCGGACGGCCGAGGAAAAUCGCCCAAUCUGAUGACGACGAUGAUGAUGAUGAUGGCGUCAAAGAUGGCGACGAGCAAUUGGAAUUGGAGGAGGACGAUGCGGGAACAUCGGUCGAUUAUCUCAUGCCUGAGCAGAAUAUACCGCAAGUCGCUGAAGAGCUUGUCGUCAAAUCGGAAAUGCUUGUAGAAGAUAGAGGCGAAUUCCAUCAUGAAGCGAAAACGAGAUCGAGAAAACGCGCGGCGUCGGAAGCGGCUGGAAACCAGAAAAGGAAACGCGAAACGUCGGACGUCGAGCCGACUCAAUUUGUCGGCGAAUCGAGAAGCGGUCGAGUUCGCAAAUUGCCGGCGAAAUUUAUCGAAUAG